AUGGAAGUUACAAUCCAAACAUCAGUGGCCAUCAAGGUUGGUGAUGAGAAAGCCAUUUCAAUUCCACCAACCUUCUUGGUGGAACAUGAUGGCCGCUCCUUCUUGAAAUUUAGGCCCACAGGGUACCAAAUAGUGCACUUGGUAUGUGGCUGUGACAUGCCCAAGAACAGCAGCUUGGCCAAUUCCAUGUCUUUGGACCAAUUGCUGAAAAAGAGAAACCACGAAUGGCUGAAACCCAGCUGUGGCCAAGAUGUUUUCCAGGAGGCUGACCAGAAGCCAGGGAGAAAGAGGAAGCAAAUCACCAACCCAGAGCUGAUCACCAUAGAUGUCAAUGGCCAAGCAGUUGAAUGCCUCAUGCAAGGCCAAAGGCCAAUUAAGUCAGACCUGGCCAUUCCGUUGGUUCCAGAGCAGCUCCAAGCUGUGCUGAACUAUGUGGCCCAGGAUGCGAAAGAAGCAUUGAGCAUCAGAAGGGCAUACAAGAAGGCCAAAUCUGCACCAACAACUAAGAGGUCCAAUGGAGAAGACCAAGAAGGAGACCAGGCUGAUGAGUGA